AAGUGCCUUAUUGGAGAAUGAUACUUGGGAUAUGGUACCUUGUCCUUCUAAUGUGUCUAUUAUUGGUAGCAGGUGGGUCUUUUCUAUUAAGCUCAAAAUAGACGAUAGUAUUGAGCGGUAUAAAGCAAGACUUGUUGCCCAAGGUUAUAAGCAAGAGUAUAGAAUUGAUUAUAUAGAAACAUUUGCACCAGUGGCUAAAAUGACUACAGUGAGAGUAUUUAUUGCUCUUUCGGCAAUGCAUCAGUGGCCUAUUUCUCAAAUGGAUGUGAAGAAUGCUUUUCUACAUGGGAAUUUGAAAGAAACUGUUUAUAUGAAGCCUCCUCCAGGUUAUUCACAUUCUAAAUCCAUGGUUUGCAAAUUAAAGAGAUCAUUAUAUGGUCUUAACCAAGCUCCUCGAGCUUGGUUUGAAUGCUUCCGUCAAGUUAUUGUGGAUGCUAGUAAUAAGGAAGGUAUUGCUAAGUUGAAAGAGUUACUUUGUCGUUCUUUUCAGAUGAAAGAUUUAGGGCCACUGACUUAUUUUCUUGGUUUAGAAGUUCACUCAUCUUCUCGAGGUUAUGCGGUGAAUCAACAGAAGUAUGUUCUGGAUUUGAUCCAAUUUGCAAAUUUAUCUAAUGAUAAAUGUGUUGACACUCCAAUGGAAGUAAAUGUCAAGCUUAGGAAGGAGGAUGGUGAAAAACUCUCUAAUCCUAGCUUUUAUCGUCAACUUGUGGGUCGCCUCCUUUAUCUUACUAUGACUAGACCUGAUAUUGCUUAUGCUAUGCAAGUGGUUAGUCAAUUUGUUGCAGAUCCUCGGUGGUUACAUCUAACAGCUGUUCUUCGCAUAAUUCGAUAUCUUCAUGGCACUAUUUCGAGGGGACUUUUCUUCUCCUCUCAUCCUUGUAUGCAAUUGCAAGCUUAUGCAGAUGCUUAUUGGGCAGGUUGUCCUGAUACACGUCGCUCAACCACAGGUUGGUGUGUGUUUCUUAGUGAUUCCCUUAUUUCUUGGAAAUGCAAGAAACAGAAAAUAGUGUCCAAAUCCACUGCUGAAGCUGAAUACCGAGCAAUGUCUUCAGCAUGUAGUGAAUUGACUUGGCUUCGAGGAUUUUUACAGACACUUACUUUUCCUACUCCUCCUUCACCUCUUUAUGCUGAUAAUAUGAGUGCUAUUCGUAUUGCAUCCAAUCCUGUCUUUCAUGAGCGUACCAAGUACAUUGAAGUGGAUUGCCACUUUAUACGGAAUAUGUAUCUUGCAGGUGCCAUUACUCUUCCUUAUAUUGCUUCUGAGCAUCAAAUUGCAUAUAUUUUUACAAAGGCAAUGACAACUGCACAACACAAGUUUUUAGUGAGCAAAUUGACAUUGGUUUCCCAACCUUAGUUUGAGGGGGAGUGUAGGAAAUAGGCAUAUUUUGUAAUUUUGUUUUGUAUUAAGGGUUUUUAUGUAACUUUACAUUUUAUAUAACCUAAUAUAAAUAUGCUGUUAAG